AUGCUUGCGCCCGGCUUCAGGACACGGCGCACUUCCUCCUUCAUCCGCUUCGGCGCCCUCGCUACUCUCAUUAUCUUCGCCUUCUGGACGUUCAGCAACCGCGCUCCUACACCUCACCUACCACCUCUGCACAAGUCCCAGCAGCAACCUACCGAUAACUCGAACCCUAUCUCUCCUCCUUCACCUCCCAGAGAGGCAGUGGAACAACCGUUGGUAAAGGAUCAGCCUGUGAGAGGUCCUCAUCCAAUUGACAAGCUCAUACACGAUGGCGGAAAGAGGCACAAGGAGCAGCUCUCUAAGGAGUCGCAGACUCUAGAAGAGGCUGCGCAAGCCUAUCGCAAGCGCCGUGGACGUCAUCCACCUCCAGGUUUUGACAAAUGGUGGAAUUUCGCCAAGCAGAACAACGCUAUCGUCGUCGAAGAAUUCUGGGAUCAGGUUUAUCAUGAUAUCGAACCCUUCUGGGGUGUUCCCCAGCCUGUCAUUCGCAAGGAGGCCUACAGCUUCGAGAUGUCGAUCCAUAUUCGCAACGGCAAGGCCAAUUCCACAAGCGAUUGGUUCUGGACGUUGAUCUGGCUGGACAUGAUUAGAUCGAUUGAGCAUAUGCUCCCAGACUUGGACAUGCCCUUGAACGCCAUGGACGAGCCUCGUCUCGUGGUGCCCUGGGAGGAUAUCAACGGUUAUAUGACCAAGGGAUCAGAAUCACGAAAAUUGUGGUCGGCAAAGGAGGUGGUCUCAGACUUCCAAAAGCUUCCCGCACCUGGACGACAUGACAGAAAUGUCAGAAUCCCCUUCAAACGAUGGGAGAAGACGAGCCCCUAUUGGCCCAUUGCCAGUCGAGGAUGUUCCCCCGAUAGUCCAGCCCGUCAGGCUCCUCUUAAAGAUUCGUUUAACGAGCCUCCCCAAAUCGAUAUCUCGAACGCCGAGCCGCACUCGUACGCCGGCUAUGUCUCCAACUUUACCCAAUCGAGCGAGAUCUGCCAUCAGCCUGACCUUCAAGGCCUUAACGGACUGUUGAUCAACCCGAUUUCUGUGUCAUCCACCAAGGUCCUGUUCCCAAUGUUCGGCGGUUCCAAGCUUGCCAUCAACAACGAGAUUUUGCUCCCUCCUCCUAUUUACUGGAAGGCAGAAGAACGAUUCACAGGUGGUGAAGAUAACGACGUCGAAUGGAGGGAUAAGGGCAACACUGUAGUUUGGAGAGGUGUUGCGACUGGAGGCAAGAACAAGGCGGAAAAUUGGCGCGGUUUUCAUCGUCAUCGCUUCGUUUCGAUGCUCAAUUCUACAAAGCUCACCGCAGCAGAGAAGGGUACUGCGAAGCCAGAAAACUUUGUCCUCCCGUCCGAGCAGUAUCAUCUCCAGGCGCAGGCUCAGAACCGACUUGGCGAUUGGGUAGGCGAGUGGUCUGACGCAGGCUUCGUUGACCUCAUGUGCUCGCCCAGCGAAGAGGAGGGUAGAUGUUGGUACACAGAUCACUACUUCGCAAAGGUCGACGGAAUGGACAUGAACAAGCAGUUCGCCUAUAAGUACGUCCCCGAUAUCGACGGGAACUCCUUUUCAGGCCGCUACCUCGGUUUCCUCAACUCGACAUCCCUUCCCAUAAAGGCCACUCUUUUCCGUGAGUGGCAUGACAGCAGACUCGUGCCAUGGGUUCAUUUUGUACCUAUGGACAACCGCUUCCAGGACUUUUAUGGCAUCAUGGAAUACUUCCGUGGCUACGCCGAUGUUGCCGGCCACGACAAGGCUGCUGAAAAGAUUGCGCUCGCGGGUAAGGAGUGGGCGAACAAAGUACUGAGGAAGGAAGAUAUGCAGAUCUACGUCAUGAGAUUGCUUCUCGAGUACGGACGUGUCAUUGCGGAUGGCAGAGAUAAGAUGGGCUGGGUAGACGAUGCGCUCAAGGAUCCAUCUAUCGAGAAGACCUGGCAGAGCUUCGGCUUGUGA